AUGUCUGAACGUCUGAAGGACCAUCUUCAAUGUCCCACCUGUCUGGACGUCUUCAUAGAUCCUGUCAUGCUCUUGCCGUGCAGUCACAACUUCUGCCGUGCGUGUCUGCAGCAGUGGAAGGACAAAGGAGAACGAUCGUGUCCAAUCUGUAUGACACAGUUUAGUUUGAUGGAUCCGCCUCCGAACUUGGCACUGAAGAGUAUGUGUGAGAACCUCUCACGAGGCUUAGUCAAGUCAGAAGACGACUGCAGCUUGCACAAAGAGAAACUGAAACUCUUCUGUUUGGACCACCUGGAUCUUGUGUGCCAUAUCUGCAGAGAUGCAGAAACCCACGUUGGUCACAAGUUCCGGCCCGUUGAAGAAGUUGUGGAAUAUGCCAAGGAAAUACUCCAGGAUUACGACGACUGUCGAGAGAACUGCAACGAACAGGCAGAGUACAUCAAAGUCCAGAGGGAGAAUGUCGAAUGCAAGAUUAAGAAGGAUUUUGAGGAGCUCCGUCGCUUUCUCGACGUCGAGGAGGAGGCCAGGUUGGCUGCGGUAAGGGAGGACGAGACCAAGAAGAAUCUAAUGACGAAGGCGGCUCUCGGCGAACGAACGGCCGCUCUCUCGGAUGUCAUCAGAAGCGCUGAGGAGCAGCUGACGUCUAGCAAGGUUUCUUUCAUGAAGAAGUUCAAGACUGCGAUGAGCAUAAUCCAAUUGCUGCCGGAAAAGUGGCAGCUGCUGCCAGGAGGUCUGCUGGACGAAGCCAAACACGUGGGCAACCUCAAGUUCAAAGUGUGGGAGCGGAUGAAGGAGACGCUCGCCUACAGUCCCGUCAUUCUGGACCCCAACACGGCCAAUCCAGGAAUCAGUCUGUCCGAAGAUCUGAGCAGUCUUAGUUGGGAAGACGUACAGCAGAAACGUCCAGAGAAUCCAGAGAGGUUCCAGACGUGGCAGUCUGUGCUGGGUGGUGCUUUGGACUCGGGAAGACACGUGUGGGACGUUGAGGUGGGAGACAACGAAAUCUGGAUAGUGGGGAUCUUGUGGGGGGAACCUUGUUUGCCAGAGAAAAUGAUUGGUUGGUACAUCAGCUUUUGUGAUGGUGAAUACAAAAAGCCCGCUUGCAAAUCUGGAGAAUGGAAUCCGCCUGUUAAAGUGCAGAGGAUCCGAGUUGAAGUGGACAUGAAAGAAAGGGUGGCGUCCUUCUCUGAACCUCUCACGAACACCGAAUUGUGGAACACUAAGAAGCCUACCAUUUGGCCAAACUUGUCCGGUAAAACCAAAAUGUAUCCUUACUUCUCCACAGAAUGUAAAAUUCCUCUAAAAAUAGUCCCCAUUCCACCUGGUGUUACGACUGCCAUUCACUAG